AUGGAGGAUAUUGCAAAUAUACGAGUGUAUUAUAACGGUGAGAUUAUACCGAAUACACACGAAGGAGUGAGUUUUCUUUGUGAAUGUCCAUUUUCAUUUUCUAUUCCAUACAGCACGAGUUUUAUAGAGUUGCAAAAUGGUGUUUGUGUGAACAUACAAAGUCAUAUUUUGAAAAGGGAGAGCAACAUUUUGUAUAGGAAUCCUAUGCAAGUAUUUGGUGGACUGAUACAGUUUCAAAUAAUGUCCAUCACUGACGAUGCAAGCAUGCAGCAGAUGUUCUAUAUUUAUCGACAAAUCCGAUUUCAUGUGCCGGUGAUAGAGCUGUACGUUGAGUUUGAACAGCAGUCGGGGAUGGGUACGGUCGGCGACGAGGUCAAUGUUGAUGAGCUCGGGGAUAUAGAUUGGGAAGAAGAAAAUAAUGACAGCGAAGAGGAAUUCGAAGCUAACUAUGAAGUCGAUGACGAAAACGAUGACGGAGACUUGGCAGGCAAUCCGGCGGUGCAGAAUGAGGCGGAUGCCAUUGUAAGCCAACACCCGUUUGGUGUGCCGUCUUUUAUGCGGACUCUAGAUCUCGAAGCCAUGCAUGCCCCGAAAUUUCCUGAGUAUGCGAAUACGGGUGAAGGCAACGUUGCGGCGGAAGAUGGCAAGUUUAAUGUCGGAAUGGAAUUUGGUUCGAGAGAGUCGGUGAUAUCUGCAAUCAAAAGCUACACCAUCUCUAGAGGAGUUGAUUACACUGUGUAUGAGUCUGAGCCGCAGACAUUCUAUGCGAAAUGCAAGGGGUAUGGUGCAGGGUGCGACUGGCUUAUUCGAGCUAGCUUAAUUCGAAAAAAAGCUUGUUGGGAGAUCAGGAGAUACAAUGGCAAGCACACGUGCACCAUGGGCACGAUUUCACAAGAUCAUGCCAAGUUGGACUCAAACACAAUUGCAGAUGCCAUUAGGCCGUUGGUCGAAGCAGACCCCUCGAUAAAGGUGAAGUCUGUUAUUGCAGAAGUUCAAGGCAGACUCUGCCAAUAUGGUUGA